UACAAAACUAAACGAACUUUUGAGCAAGUAUUUGUAAAAUUAAUAAGGACUUUUAAACGUGUUAAUAAUGAACAAUUCAUAUUUACUUGGUGCUUUGUAAAUGGUUGCUGUCAUCCCCUCUCACGACCAAUCAUUAUCCCCGUAAUACCCCAACAGUCUUACAUUGGUGUAGUGUCAUCUUUACUAUCUGUCUGUAUAUAUCAAAAACAGAUGGAGAGCGUGCUUUAGUGAAUGAAACCGAUUCGUCGGAAGGACUUCUUAUUUUUACUUUUCCCUAAGUUACGUUUGCUUAAGUUCUCUUUUGAUUCGUUAAAGUGUAUUUAUCAUUGUUAUACGAAGAAGAAAACAAAAAAAGAAAUGAGGUUGCCGGUUAAAAUCGCCAUUGGAUGUGCGAUUGGGCUUGUUGUUAUUAUUGUUUUUGGAUUUAUUGCUUUUCCUAAAAUGAUUAAGGGCAAAGUAAAAAGUAUGAUAAAUUUGAACCAGGGGAGUGAAAUCAGACAAAUGUUCGUCAAAGUUCCAUUCGCUUUAGAUUUUAAAAUUUAUAUGUUUAACGUAACGAAUCCGAUGGAUGUCCAAAAGGGUGCUUUGCCUGUCUUAAAAGAAGUCGGACCGUUUUGUUUCGAGGAAUGGAAGGAAAAGGUUGAUCUUGACGAUAACGACGACGAGGAUGUUAUGUUUUAUAAUCCCAAGGACACUUUUUAUAAAGCUAACUGGCCAGGAUGUCUUGAUGGAAGCCAGAUGAUCACGAUGGCACAUCCUUUGAUUCUUGGGAUGGUAAACACAGUAGUACGGACUAAACCAGGCGCGAUUUCCUUAAUUAGUAAAGCCAUAAAUUCCAUUUACAACAAUCCUGACUCUAUUUUUAUGACGGCUCCGGCUAUAGACAUCCUGUUCGAUGGUGUUAUAAUUAAAUGCGGAGUCAAAGAUUUUGCAGGGAAGGCCGUUUGUUCCCAAUUAAAAGAAGCACCAGACUUGAGACAUGUCAAUGAUGAUGAUUUGGCUUUUUCAUUUAUAGGACCUAAAAAUGCAACUCCAGGAAAAAGAUUUAAAGUGUUUAGAGGCGUAAAAGAAUCUCACGAUGUGGGAAGGAUUCUUGAAUACGACAGUAAAAACGAAAUGGAAGUGUGGCCUACCAAAGAAUGUAACCAAUAUAAAGGGACUGACGGAACGGUAUUUCCCCCAUAUCUCACAAAGGAAGAAGGUCUUGCUUCGUUUGCGCCAGAUUUGUGCCGUUCCUUAGUUGCCGUCUACAGUGGUGACACAAAAUACGAUGGUAUUCCUGUAAGAAUAUACACAGCGACUUUAGGCGACAUGUCUAAAAAUGCUGAUGAAAAGUGUUAUUGCCCUACACCCGACACAUGUCUUAAAAAAGGAAUAAUGGAUUUAUUUAAGUGUGCAGGAGUGCCUGUUUAUGUCUCACUACCACAUUUUUACGAAUCGGAUGAAAGCUACGUUAAAGGAGUUGUCGGAUUGAACCCUAAUAAAGAAGACCACGGAAUUCAGAUUUUAUUCGAAGCGACAACUGGUGGUCCUGUCAAAGCAGCGAAAAGACUUCAGUUUAAUAUGCCCCUAGAACCGAAUCCAAAAUUGCCAAUUUUUGCAAAUUUGCCCAACACUGUUUUACCAUUAUUUUGGGUGGAAGAAGGUGUGGCGCUAAAUAAUACGUUUACGAAACCGCUGAAAGAUCUUUUUAAAAUAAUGAAGAUAGUGAAAAUUGCUAAAUGGGUGAUUUUGGUGGGAUGUCUUGGGGGAUUGGGAGCUGCUGGUUAUCUCUACUUUUCCAAAAAAGGGGAAGCAAAUAUUACUCCGGUACAUAAAGUUAAACCGGCCGAAAAUGGGGUUAGCACCAUCGGGGGUGAAGUAAACCAUGCCAUGUCAGAUAAUGAUUUAGAAAAAUACUGAUGAUUUGUUUAGACAAAUUUUUUUUUCUAGUCUAUUUGAAAGUUUGUGAGUUUAUUUUUGUAUACUAUUUUGUAUUAUAAAUGUCCAUACAAAGGAGGGAUGAUUUACAUAACCUUUAAGAGAAGUAGUUAAUUAGUUGUGCACGAUUUUUUCAUCUACUGUUUUUAGUCUGUGAUUAUAGUGAUUAACCAUGGAAAAUGGUUAGUAGGUAUAUUAUUUUAUUUUAGACGAGUCUUAUA